AUGGCAUCUGUAUCUAUCGGCCAGGCUGAGGACGGACACUACCCAGCCUGGCCACAGAAUGAAGUUACGGAUUUAUUGUCCGGACUGAUGGGCUUCUCGUCAACCUAUAUUGGAACUGAUUUGUCCUUUUUCCCACUCGAGGGCUAUUGCGAUCCAAUCGUGCUAGGGGAUAGACAAGGAGAACUCCUGGCUCCUCCUUCUACGAUGAUGACCGAUGCUGUGAUCGGCAACAGCAGAGAACCUUCGUGGCCGGAGCAAUACCCUAACCUCGUCGCACCGCACAACCUACUCUCGAUGGAAGGCUCCGCUGGAAGCCAGUUACAAUCUGUUAAUCCCAUGGAAAUUCCGACUUUGACCACGAGAUCGGGCUUGGAUGGAUGCCUGGGUGAUGAAGGUCACAAGAGUACCACUCCAGCUGUGGUUGUUGAAGGACGGGCCGAUUCAGGGAUAUGCGCUUCGAGAUUCAAGGAAGCGCCGAUGCCUUCUUACGAUCACAAGAUUUCCAUAGUUGAUGGGCUAUAUCAUUGCCAACAUCGUGCAUGUGUGGCCAAGACUGGCUUCUCAAAGAAGCGUGAUCUGCAAAAGCAUAUGCGCAUUCAUGUUAAGCCAGUCAAAUGUCCCAUAUGUACAGUUACCACGGCUCAGCCGGUUCAUAUGCGUCGACAUAUUGAAGUGUAUCACAGUGGCUGGGCUCGGCAGAGGUGGCCAGUGGGCGCUGUGUGUAAGUUGUGCGGUAAACCAUUCACACGAAAAGACAAUCUUCGCAGACACUACCAAAAUCAGCAUAAAGAUUUUAGUAGUCUCUCUGUGUCUGAUUGAGCAAUUUUGUAUGUCGGGCCUAUGUUCUGUCGAGUUGUUGAAGGGUUUUUGAAUAGUACCUUGUACCCUUCAGAAUUGUACGUCUGGUGGAAGUAGAAGUACCCCCGCCUC